AUGCCUCGUCUCCGCUCACGCAAGCCACGGCCUCAGGACCCAUCUCAACUAUCGCAAGCUCUCCAGGAACGAAGUCUGGGCAGUGAACAAGGCCUGCACUUCACCACCUCGUCUGAGAGCCACGGCUGCUCAGGCAUCAUCAUUGCUGCGGACCCGACAGGGACCCCCGCGGUCCUGCAGCCUCUAGAAAAGGCCACCACAGCCCUGCAGACAAUACCAUUCGUGGUACCGGUCGUCGCGCUUCCCCGACCCGAUCACGCUCCUCCUCUUGCCCCUCUUCCUUCAUCACGACGAGCGGCUGCGACGAGAAAUGUCAAGCCCACCCUCGCCAAGCACAACAGCGCGCCCACCAGCACAACAUUCACCCCCCAAUUCGCAGGCGUCCUGAAAAUGCAUCAUUCCUUCGGCGCCACGAUGGAUGCGCCCGGCGACACGCAGCCCGACAGCCAAAUGCACAAGCAAUGGACGAGUGGCGCGCUCUCAUCGGUCCUGGGGCGGGAGAAUCAGAUGCCGCCUCCCAAGUCCUUGUUUCUCGAGCAUGACGACGACGAGGACAACGAAAACGACGUGGCCAGCGAUGACCUCGAGGUGGUCGAGUCCAGUCAAGAUCACCACGAUGCAAACAUCACGAGCCCCACCGUCAUCGAUGUCGAAGACGAUCAGGGCGAAUCGGCGCAGGAUAGCGUAGCGCAAACCAGCCCCUUCAAGUUCGACACACCUGCAUUGGCCGGCAGAAAGAGGGACAGCUCAGGCCAGCUCAUGAGCUCUGCGGCACGUACAAACACCACGACGCCUGGCACAGUGGCGUCCGCCUCAGCCUUUGGUACCACUUUUGGCACUGUGGCUUUCUCAGGAGGUCCUGCCAUGUCUCUCACGCAGAUAUGGAAUAAUACGCAGGCGCCUACCUCUCCGGUUGCAGGUGGGGCAAGUGAGGAUGUCGUCUUCACACGGCCUUCGCCAAAUUUCACAAAUGUACGGCAUUCGAGUCCAGGCCCAGCCUACUCUAGUCCCAUCAAAGGCCUGCGCCUUGACACUCCAGCGUCUGAACCAAUUUUACGCUCGUCGAGCGAGCCGCGCACAGAAUACGUCACCAUGAAGCAGUCGCAAGAGAAGCGCAGGGGAUCCAAUGGAGAGGAGAUAACCAUAAUUCCUCCACAAGACAGUUGGGAGGAUCUUUCGCGGCAAAUGCAGCAGAGGAUGGCUAGGAAACAACUUCAUCAGCAAGCAGCCAAGUCACUUUCACACAUCUCAGCCCCAUCAACAGUGUCAAGAACACCAAGAAAGCCAAAGGUGAAUGCAGACUGCUCUUCUCCAGACCAAUCGCAAAUCUCGCGCACUGUGAUUGGCAGCGAUCUAUGUGAUGUCGACGAUGACUCCAUGAACCGACUUUCACCUCCAGAGGCGUUGGAUUCACACAGUAGCAAUCACCAGCGCGACGGACUAACCACUGCACGGGCCACUGCAGCUCACAAUAGCAAUGACAAUAGGGUACAAGUGCCCAAGACUUCCUCACAUCCACAUCGUACUCCCUCUGGUCCAGCUUCUCGCAACUCUUCACAGCAACCAACACUAUCUUCACAACCUCAGCGAGAAUCUCGACUACAAGCACCCGCAUCACCGUCAAUACCGCAGGCUGCCUUUCGGCCACGGAGUACAGCAGAUUCCAUCGCCAUUAUGGAUUCGCAACCUGAUGUCCUUGCCGAUUUCGACAGUGUACCACCGCCCAAGCAGCUACGUUUCCCGUCGUCACCAUCACAGAACCAGUAUAGUAUUCACCGAACCACAAUGGCGACUAAGACUGGUUACACAAGCCAGGUCAUCUCAUCGUCAAUACCACCCAUGCCUCCAAAGUCGAGUCCGGACGAGGUGGUCGCAGAUAACGAGGAAGUGAUCACAGCAGAAGAUGGGCGUGUGCCCAGCAGCCCACCAAUGAUGGCACAUGAUGACGAUCUCGUGUAUGAUGAACAUGGUUACGAUGAGUAUGCCGAAGGUAUUGUGGAUGGAGAAGCUGAUGAGCCUGUCCUUGGUGGCAGUGAUGGAGACAAUGACGAUAUCCUCAUGCAAGACGAAGAUGAUCUGCCUGUUAUCAAAGAGGAGCUGGAAAAGGCAAUGGAAGAUGCUAAAGAAGAUGAGAGUGAGGAAGAAAUGGAUCUAGUGCAGCCUCUGAAGGUGGAUCUAGGGACUGACCAAGAGGUAUCUGAAACAUUGGAAGAGGAGGACAAGGCGGAGGAGACACGUCAGGGAGCCUUGCGUGACCAGACGAUAUCGGGCAGCCAAGAUGACCAGGAAGCGCCUCGGCUGGUACGCCAGGAUACCAUACCUGAGACCGAUGCGCUAGACGAGACACAGCCUUCGGCCUUUGUAAACAACAUGGCUUUGGACUCUCAUGAGAACUGCAACGACUUGCCCAAUCACUCCAAUAGCACCGAACCUUUUCAGACUGCACAAGAAGAACAGUCCGAUUACCAACAUGAUCCACAAAACCCUCACAGCCCCAAAAAGGCUAGCAGUCUCAUCGUGGAGGCGGGCAAGCGCAUUCGCUCGAUCGACGACAUCUACAACCUCCCAGAGACUCAGCAGUCAGCUUGUGCAGAUGACUUGGAGAUUCCACGACUAAGUGGUCUCGACGACGAAGAGGAAGGAUCAACGAUGCUGCUAUCCUCACCUGCGCGACCAUUGAAGAAGCGCAAGACAACUUACAAGACAAAGCGCAGUGUGUUUCGCAGUCCAGCAAAGCCGGCAAGCAGUGUUUUGUCCGAACCACCAGUUUCCUCUCCACCUAGAUCAAGUGUGCCGGUACCAAUAGCUGAUACGCCCCCUACUGCAUCCGGACAACUGAGAGAAGAACGCGGCGCGAAUGCUGCUGCUCAGGCCCGAGAAGAUGCCCAAGCUCUGUACUCGAGGCCAGCAACCCUCAAGGCCGAAACUCUGCCGAGGUCAUCGAAGCUGCAAGCUGCUAGAGAGGGUGCUCUGAAACCAGUCUCUAGGAGCCUGUUGCAAAGCAUGUCGUCGCCGGGAAAUUCACCUUCUAAAUCGAAAGCGUUUGUGAUGGGCCGACAGAAGACAUCGGUGACACCAUCUAAGCCCCCAGCGACCGUGAAUGACAAGCAGGGAGACCUUGAAAUUCCUGAUGUAGAGCACUCGCCAGAUGAGCUUGGUAGGAGCACUCCACUAGCUGUGCCUCUUGAACGACUAUUGGAACGCCUGUCGCAGGAGUCGGUACUACCUCUAGGCGAGGUGCUUGUUCCGAAUCGAGUUUUUGCCUCAUGGCCCGGCAGCCAUUACUAUCCUGCUACUUGCAUCGGCCGGACUGCCUCGCGCCAGCUUCGUAUUCGUUACGAUGACGGUAACACCACAGCCAUGGAUGCGAUGCAUGUUAGAUCACUGGACCUUCGUGCAGGAGAUCAUGUAAAAGUUGAUGAACCUGGAAUGAAGAAGCAUACUUAUGUGGUUGUGGGCUUCAAAGACAAGAUUGACGACCUUGGUGGUGAGCAGUUUCCUGCCACGGACCGUUACGGACAUGCCACGAUUGUCUUGGAAGAAAAGCGAAGGGACAGCAUACCAGCGGCAAAGGCAGCUCAGCCUACAGAACAGAUUUCAGUGCCCAUGGCCAGUGUUUAUCUGACUACUGGACUCUGGAGCCGGAUUCGUGACAGGAAGUUCAAUUUCUCGCCGCCUGCUUCGCCAGCUAAAUCUUCUCACAUCGGCACGCCUGUCACUGAGGCGAUGAUGACGCCUUCAUUCACACGUAGGGGUACUGCGAUACCUUCGUUCUUAAAGAGUGUGACUGCUCGGGCUGCGUCUGUCGCUUCAACAACUCGUUCUGGAAGUGCAGUAUUUGCCAACAUGGCUUUUGUGCUGACAUCCACUGCGGAUGACUUUGACAAGGAUUCACUCACAAAGACAAUCAAGUCGAACGGGGGCAUGGUCCUCGAGCAAGGCUUUCAUGAGCUUUUCGACUACGAGUCGACCGAUGCAACAUCGUCGUCCCAAAGCCGACAUCGAUCUGCAUCAUUUCCCCCAGGCAAUGUCGGACUCACCCUCAAGCCCGCAUACAAAGACCUCGGGUUCGUAGCUCUCAUCUCGGACUCGCAUUCGCGCAGCACAAAGUACAUCCAAGCACUCGCGCUCAACGUGCCCUGUCUCCACCUCCGCUGGAUUCAGGAUUCGCUGACGGCAGCCCGGGCCCUCCUUUUUGCAAAAUACCUCCUACCCGCCGGCGUAUCCAAGUUCCUCGACCCACAGGGCGUGGUCCGCUCCCGUACCAUGGCCUGCUACGACCCGGCCGCCGAAGACUUGACCUUUUCCACCACCCUCCAAGACCGGCCCCUCCUUCUGCACAACCAAACCGUGCUCCUCGUGACGGGCAGGUCCAAACGCGAAAUGGAAAAACGCCAGCCGUUUGUGUUUUUGACGCAUGCCCUCGGCUCCGCUCGUGUUGGGCGGUGUGCCGAUCUCGCGGAUGCGAGUGAGAUGCUGGCUCAUGCCCGUUGGGACUGGGUGUACGUUGAUCAUAAUGAAAGUAGCGUGCUGGAUGCUGCGGCGCAGUUGUCUGGGACGCAGGUUCUUGGGUCGACGGGCGUGGUGGCUGAGGGUAGGGGGAAGAAGGGCGGUGGUGCUGGUGGUGCUGGUGGGAGGAAGAGGAAGAGGGAUAGGGAGGAUGCGGAGGAGAGGGAGGAACUUUUGGUUAGAGUGCAGGUUGGGGCUCAGAGCGUGCGCGUGACGUGUUCUGAGUUUGUGAUUCAGAGUUUGAUUCUUGGGGCGUUGGUGGAGGAGUAG